GGUAGGGACGGUAUACCCUACGUGCAAGCACCAGGACUUGUAGCUACCGGGCGCCAUUGCAGUCUUCCUCCUCCUGUUCGGCACCCACGUUAGUAACAAACCACACAUCAAGCACACCAGAACGUACAUAAAAUGACCUCCCCCAUACACGAAGAAAUUAACAAGGAGGGGCCACCCCGUGAUUAGUAGGUAAUUCCCCCACCUUACCCCCCUCCUUCUCACUGCUCUCUUUUUCUCGUUUUCCUACCACUUCUCCACCUAUCCAUCCAUCCACAUUUAUUUCUCUUUUAACGUCCCAUCCGACCCACCCUUUUCUCUCCCCCAUCCUUCUUCCCUUCCACUGUGUACACCCUCCCACCCCAACCUCACACGCACGGAUCGAGAGAGACACCAUCCUCUUCAUCCAAGUAAUUAGAACAGUGAACCAAUCCAAGCCAAAAAUAGUCAACAGAAGCGAAGUUGGUGUAUGGAAUCUGGCCCCGACGCUCCCGGCGGCGGGGUAGAAGGCCCCUCGUCCUCCACCGCCACUGCCGCCGGCGACCCCGGGUCACAACCUGCCGAGCACCAGACUGCUCCACCUUCAACCCAACCCCAACCCCAACCUCCACCUCAGCCCCAACCUCAACCACAACAGCAUCAGCUGAGUCGAUACGAGUCGCAGAAGAGAAGGGAUUGGCAUACUUUUCUUCAAUACCUGAGGAACCACAAGCCACCGUUGACGCUGGCACGGUGCAGUGGAGCUCACGUUAUCGAGUUCUUGAAAUAUUUGGAUCAGUUCGGGAAGACCAAGGUGCACGCGACCGGGUGCGCCUACUUCGGCCAGCCCAACCCCCCGGCGCCCUGCGCCUGCCCCUUGAAGCAGGCCUGGGGCUCGCUCGACGCGCUCAUCGGCCGCCUCCGCGCCGCCUACGAGGAGAACGGCGGCCGCCCCGAGUCCAACCCAUUCGGCGCCCGAGCGGUGAGGAUGUAUCUUCGUGAAGUCAGAGAGAGCCAGGCCAAGGCCAGAGGGAUCCCCUACGAGAAGAAGAAGCGGAAGCGGCUGCCACCACCCGCCGCCGGGGAGUCUUCCUCCGCCGCUGCUGCCGGUGGAGGAGGUGCGGAGCGGUCGUCGGGCGGCGGAGGGGAGAGUUCUGCGUCUACUGCCGCUGCUACUACUGUUACCGCUGGUGGGAAUAGUUCGGGAGCGGGUGAGGGAUCCGGUGCUCCGCCGUUGCCGCCGGAGGGUCCGGCCUCCACUUCCUGAGUAUAGAUACUCUCUUUUUGAUUGUUUCCUUUUUAAUUUUACUUCUUUGUUACUGUUCUUAUUAUUAUUUGGUGGUUGACGGAUAGCGGAGUGGAAUACAUAUUAUUGUUGGCGAUUCUCCCUAUUUUUCAUGAGGCUAAUAAAGAGGAAAAAAUAAUACAAAAAAAUUCAGAAAAA